CCCCCUUACCCGAAUCUAAAAGACUAAAACCCAACCCUCACCUUCCUCUCUUUCUUCAUCAUCAGCAAAGAAAUAUACCAGAAAAUCAAAAAGAAGAAGAAAAGAGAUCCCCAAGAUGUCUCUUACAAUCCCAACUAAUCUCUCAAAAUCAAUUUUGAAGCCAAAGCUGGAGACCCAAGUGAUCCCCAAGGCUUCAUCCAGAUCAUUGAUUGUAUGCUCCUCCAGCAAUCCUUCCUCCGACAAAUCGGCUUCACCACUCCAGGCCUUCUCAGCGGCUCUGGCUCUUUCUUCCAUCCUUCUUUCAGCUCCACUCCCUGCUGUUGCCGACAUUGCGGGGCUCACUCCUUGCAAAGAGUCCAAGCAAUUCGCCAAGCGCGAGAAGCAGCAGAUCAAGAAGCUGGAAUCCUCGUUGAAGCUUUACGGCCCCGAUAGCGCACCGGCUCUCGCCAUCAAAGCCACCAUCGAGAAAACCAAGAGACGGUUCGACAACUACGGCAAGUACGGCUUGCUCUGCGGCUCCGAUGGGUUGCCUCAUUUGAUAGUGAGCGGCGAUCAGAGGCACUGGGGUGAGUUCAUCACGCCCGGCCUGUUGUUCUUGUACAUCGCUGGAUGGAUCGGGUGGGUCGGAAGGAGCUACCUCAUUGCUAUAAGCGAUGACAAGAAGCCAGCCAUGAAGGAGAUCAUCAUCGAUGUGCCUUUGGCUACCGGUCUCAUCUUCAGAGGCUUUAUUUGGCCUGUCGCUGCCUACAGAGAGCUUAUCAAUGGUGACCUUGUUGUCAAGGACGUUUAAUCUUAUCUUCCUCAGAGAUUGAAUGGAACAACAACUAGGAUGCGAAGACUGACUUUGUUCAUGGAGAAAAGAGGCGUCUUGGGAAAUUUCUUCUACUUGUAUAUGUAAAGGUUUUUUUAAUCUGUGUGAGCUUAUGUAAUGCUAGUGUUAAAACAUAAUUUGGAUAUGAUUUUUCUCUCCA